AUGUCGUACAAGAAGCUGACAAAAAUUCUCCAGGAAACCGAGAGAGUUAACCACGAUGAUCUUGUUGUUCGGUAUCUUGCGAAAAUGAUGGAGUUUACACCUCUACAAAUGCACUUUUUUGAUGAAUCCUCUGUGCUUACUACAUCUGGAAACAGAGCUUACGGACAUAGCGAUUUCGGAACCAGGGCAAUAGAAACUCAGAAAUUUGCAAGUAACAGCACACUGACUGUUAAUGUUUGUUGUGGCUUCUUUGGGAUCAAUUAUUAUAACAUUCUGAACGGAGCGUCCAAUGCUAUGGAGAUGGUGAAUGUUUUUGCCGAGGCAUUGGAAGAGCGGAAUGAAUUGGGAAAUCCUACGUUUGCGCGCGGUGAUGUGAUUGUAAUGGAUAACUGUGGGUUUCAUCACCAGCACCAGGGCGAGAGAAUUCUGCGUUACCUACUUGACCAACAUGGCGUCACUUUGGUUUUCCAACCACCUUAUUCACCACAAUAUAAUGUUACGGAAUGUGUUUUCCAAAUCAUGAAACGGCGUUUGCAAUAUAACUCCGCAAUGGUCGAGAAUUUCCUAGAGCUAACUGUUGUAGAUGCUCUUGAUUUCCCUGCUUCGUUCAUGUCUGGAUUUUUCCGAGUGUGGAUAUGUAUAAUCACGGAAGCUUCAUUCAGGAUCCCGACACAAAGCUACAACCUCCAAAAUGGAUGUGCAGUCCAUCCUAGCUUAACAGAUGAACACGUAAACAUUACCCCUGCCUCAAAGAUGAGGAAUAAACUGGCCACUGAUGUGCUGAACAAAAACAUGCUCUACCUGAUGAAGCAGUAUCAGACAUGGGAGAUCCAGAAAGACUUGCUUCAAUCAAUGAACUCUUAG